ACUCCGAGUGGUGUUGCCUCGUCCCCAUGACAACGCCCCUCGCAACAACGGUGAACACUUCCGGCGUGGCCAGAAACAAAGAUUAAAGGAGUCCUGUCUGACAGUCUUGACUUUCUCUACAAUGGCGCCCCCCUCUUUCCCCCCCUCUCCAGACCAGGUUGUGCUCCCUCUCUCCGGGCUCUCCAGGCUCUCCCUGCCCCUCCCUGCUGUGGUGCUGAUUGCAGUGACUGCCUAUCUGCUUCUCCUCAUGGGGGCGCUGUGGCUCCAGCAGUGCAUCAGGUCUCGCGGGCUGUGCCUGGGCUGCUGCCAGUGUGAGAAGGGCUCCCCCUGUGGCGGGUGUGAGUACUGCCUGGCCUGUGCAGAGUCAUGUGACUGCAGGGUCCCCUCGCUGAGGGGCUGUCUGGAUAGAGCCUGUCCCAGGAGCACUGACUGUCUCCAGGGCGCCCCCUGCUGUCCGCUGUGUGACUGCGCCUGCACCUGGCAGCCCCCGGAGUGCGAGAGCGUCAACUGCCUCUGCUUCGAGAUCAAGAUGAGAUGAGAAAAUACACAAAGACGAUCUGGCUAAUCAAACAACACAGAAACCGCAGAGUGACUGGAGAAGACCUGGCUAAUCAAACAACACAGAAACCACAGAGUGACUGGAGAAGACCUGGCUAAUCAAACAACACAGAAACCACAGAGUGACUGGAGAAGACCUGGCUAAUCAAAUAACACAGAAACCGCAGAGUGACUGGAGAAGACCUGGCUAAUCAAAUAACACAGAAACCGCAGAGUGACUGGAGAAGACCUGGCUAAUCAAAUAACACAGAAACCGCAGAGUGACUGGAGAAGACCUGGCUAAUCAAACAACACAGAAACCGCAGAGUGACUGGAGAAGACCUGGCUAAUCAAAUAACACAGAAACCGCAGAGUGACUGGAGAAGACCUGGCUAAUCAAACAACACAGAAACCGCAGAGUGACUGGAGAAGACCUGGCUAAUCAAAUAACACAGAAACCACAGAGUGACUGGAGAAGACCUGGCUAAUCAAACAACACAGAAACCACAGAGUGACUGGAGAAGACCUGGCUAAUCAAAUAACACAGAAACCACAGAGUGACUGGAGAAGACCUGGCUAAUCAAAUAACACAGAAACCACAGAGUGACUGGAGAAGACCUGGCUAAUCAAAUAACACAGAAACCGCAGAGUGACUGGAGAAGACCUGGCUAAUCAAAUAACACAGAAACCGCAGAGUGACUGGAGAAGACCUGGCUAAUCAAAUAACACAGAAACCACUACAGCAAAGGAUUUUCACCAGAAGCCACAGCUAAGGAGAGGAAAGAGAAUGGAUUUUAAAAAGCACCUCUCAGAAGACUUUUGAAUGUGUUUGAGUUUAUUAUUAUUUUUUUUUUUAUUUGAACUAAAUGUUUAAUGUUAAAAUUAUUAUUUUUUUAUGGUUUUUUAAUGUACAGAUUUAUAUUAUAUAUAGACAGAUAUAGUGUUGCUUUGCUUUUUUUAUAUACAAGCGAUGUACAAAACACAAAUAAAUAAAGCACAGAAGUUUAAUGUUUUA